GCCCGAUUGUACGGACAGAGAUUCGCCUGAUCUUGGAUAGCGCGCAUAAACAUGAAGACUCUUAUCGUUUUAUCGUGCCUCUCGUUGUCGACGCUGGCAAUGCCAACGUACGCACCUUAUCAGCCGUACGUUAACGGGGUGCAUGGUGGAGGAUAUUAUCACGGACCAGCGGCCCCGUUGGCCCAUGACGGUCGGGUAGUUGACACACCGGAAGUGGCUCACGCCAAAAAGGCACAUCUAGCAGCGCACGCAGAGGAAGCUGCCAAAACGGCACAUUAUGGGGGAGGUUAUGGGGGAGGAUAUUACGGGGGCGGAGACGGAGGUUAUGACGGAGGAUACAAGGGCAUAAUUGCUCCCGCGGGCGGAAGUCACGAUUACUCCGGAUACCAUGGCAAAUAUCACGGUCCACCAGCACCGCUUGGCCACGAUGGACGAGUAGUGGAUACGCCGGAAGUGGCCCAUGCCAAGGCCGCGCAUCUCACCGCCCACGCUCACGAAUUGUCCAAGGUUGCUCAUCUAUCGUACGCGAACACUUAUCCGCACAUCUCAAUUCUCUUCUCUGCAAUGUCAAGCGCAAUUCUGGCGGCUCCACAGUGGUACGGACCCCAUGCUUCUCCGGCGCCGUUGGGCCCCGAUGGUCGUGUGGUAGAUACACCGGAAGUCGCGCAGUUGAAAGCUGCUCAUUUGAGUGCUCUAGCGGAGGCUAAUGCACGGGCACCAAAAGGACCGGGACCAAUAGGAGCUUACCCUGGCGCUUAUCCCCAGCCCAGCGGAUACGCUUCCGGAAAUUACCUUUCGCAUUACAGUGGACCACCAGCCCCACUAGGUCCGGAUGGCCGCGUAGUUGACACGCCCGAGGUACAGCAAGCCAAGGCCGUACAUUUCUCUCUUUACAAUGCGGAAGCGCGGCGCGUGCCGGCCGGUCCAGCCGAUCCAAUUGCUGCUGGCGCCUACGAUCCAUCCUGGAACAAUGGUGUCUACAAUCCUGCUUGGGACAGCCCGGCCAGCAGCUACUAUUAAUUCGACUACAAGAAAAAAUGAUCAGAGCGAAAUGCAUUUCCGCUCGUUCAAUGGACGUCGACGAUCCCAUGAAAUCGAUAACACGAUUGGUUGUGUUGAAUCCACCAAUGAUCCUCGAUAUCCUUCCCACACGAAAAAAACGGUUUUACCGGCGUAUCUAAAAAUAUAGAUAGAAAUUUGAAAAUAAUUUUGUUGGACUAUCAAAAUAAUUAAAAAAUGUAAAAUGUUCACAUGAUGAACAAUGUUGGAAAAAAUUUUAACUUCCAGCUACCAUUCAUACAGUACAGAUCAUUUUAAUAAUGUUGCAGCAACAUCCAAUAACAUUGCAAACGUUACAACACUUGUUGCAAACUUCUGUGCUGUUUGGGCAAUUUGAACAUUUUAUUAUUUUAAUAGUCGGACAAAAUUAUUUUGGGAUUCCUAUCUGUAAGCUAAAUUUUUAGAUACGUCAGCAAAACUGUUCUUUUCGUGCAGCUACCUCAAGAAUUGGAAGACUAUAUAAGAUUCACUAAGAUAUUACUAACUACCUCUCCGAAACAAAUGGUUCUCUCUCGCUGAUCCUUCGAUCGCAACUCCCGAUAAUCUUUUCGCCUGCGGUGAUUUUGCAGCGUCACGUUUCAUGCAUCUCCUAUUUAUCGCGCACAAAUAUCCGUACUUCCGAUGUAUAUGUUAGAAAAAAUAUAUAUUCAUAUGGAACAGCAGUGACAUAAAGAGAC